GAAGGCGCAGGCAACGACGAGCAGCGGCAAGCAGAAAUAAAUAAAUAGAAUAAGCAGGCAGGCAGAAAGGCAAAGAGCCAGAGGCGCAACUCACAGCCGCCAACUGUUUGAAAUAUAUUUUUUUGCUUAACUCUAGAAAUUCUAGAAAUAUAGCUAAAAUAUACAAUUUUUGCCUGCGCAUGCGCUGCGCUCAAAGUGCUUUUAAAAUAAUACAAACAGCUGCCGCAGUAAAUUUUCAAAAUAAAGCAAAGACACUCAAAAACUAAAGUCAAAGAAGAGACGAAAAGUGGAGACAGAAAAAACAGCUAAAACUACUGUUAUGUACAUUUAAUUAGUGCAGUGCGUGUGUUUGAGAGUGUGUACGCGUGUAUUAGUGUGUAGUACGUAUGAAUAGCCGUGCAUAUGUGUUUGUGUGACAGUGACAUCUAAAUACAAAAACAAAUCCUUUUCUUGUAAUCAUUCACGAACGCAAAAAAAAAAAAACAAUCACAAUAAACGCGCGUGCAUUUUGUUUGACGCGCGUUUUGUUUUACGCUUUGUUUAAUAUCUGGAAAUUACUAGUAAAAACAUUGUGUAAAUUGUUAAUCGGAGCGUGCUGUGUUAAUUACAUCAUUUACUGUAAAUUAAAUACGUUUUAGUCAUCUUUAAGUUCAAGCUCACGCUAGCGCCAUGUCGAACACAGAGAAACGAGGUCUGCACAGAGUACAAAAUAUGCUAUCAUGCCGUCAAGUCUUGAAUCUACUAACAAUGCUCGGCUUCAUGCUGAACUAUGCGCUGCGCGUCAACCUAACCAUUGCCAUUGUGGACAUGGUUAUGCCAAAUAUCACAGCGCACAUAGCAGGCAAUUCCAGCCUAGCAAGCAACAAUACUCUGGCGGGGAUUGUCAGCAGCAGCAGCAGUGAGGGCAUCCUCAGCAACACCACCACCAGCGAUGGCGUUGAUGUUUAUGAGGAGCGCUUUCCCUGGGACACAUACCAAACAAACUUUGUGCUUGGAUGUUUCUUCUGGGGCUAUGUCCUAACCGAGCUGCCAGGCGGUCGUCUGGCUGAAAUGAUUGGCGGUCGUCGCGUCUUUGGUCAUUCCAUGCUCUGGGCCAGUCUGUUGACCCUGAUAACGCCACUGGCGGCGCACAUGAGCUACGUUAUGUUGAUUGUGGUGCGUGUGGCACUUGGCUUCAUGCUAGGCGCCUCCUGGCCGGCCAUACACCCCGUUGCCGCCGUCUGGAUCCCACCCAUGGAUCGCUCCAAGUUCAUGUCCAAUAUGAUGGCCUCUUCGCUUGGCGCAGCCAUUACGAUGCCUAUUUGUGGCUAUUUGAUUUCAGUGUGUGGCUGGGCCAGUGUCUUCUAUUUGACGGGUGCUGUUGGUCUGUUGUGGUCUCUGUGCUGGUUCACGUUUGUCUACGAGACGCCUGCCACACAUCCGCGCAUCUCGGCCGAAGAGCGCCGCGAGAUUGAAGAAGCCAUCGGCACAUCCACAUCUAAGAAGCGACCCAGCUAUGUGCCCUGGGGUCAGUUGCUCUGCUCGCCUGCGGUGUGGGCUAUUAUCAUAACACACGGCUUGUCUGUAUUCGGCUUCUUCACGGUCAUCAAUCAGCUGCCCACAUUUAUGUCCAAGAUUCUGCACUUUGACAUCAAGAAGAAUGGUUUGUUCUCCUCGCUGCCCUAUCUAGGCAAAUAUGUGAUGGCCGUGGCAUCCUCCUAUCUGGCUGAUUAUUUGCGUCAGAAGGGUACCUUGAGUACGACAGCAACACGCAAGCUCUUCACUACUUUCGCUCUUGUUACACCAGGUCUGCUGAUGACGGCGCAGGUAUUCUUAGGCAUGGAUGCUACCUGGUCGGUGGCCAUCUUUACGCUCGCUCUAUUUGCCCAUGGCGCUGUAACCGCUGGCUAUUUAGGCAAUGGUCUGGACAUAGCGCCCAACUUUAGUGGCACCAUCUUUGGCAUGGCCAAUUCUUUGUCUUCUUUUGGCGGCUUCUUGUCCACCUGGAUGGUGGGCGCGCUGACAUUUGAUAAUCCUUCGUUUCAUCAAUGGCAAAUUGUAUUUUGGAUUUUGGCCGGCACCUACAUCUCGGCAGCGGUUGUCUUUGUUAUCCUGGGCACUGGAGAACUGCAGUCCUGGAAUAAUCCUCCGGAACGCAAAAAGAUUGGCGAUGUGGCACAGGAGGAGGGCAUGCCGCUCAAGAACGAAAAGUAAUCAAAGGAUUUUAUUUGAAAUGAGCGAAGAAAAAACCCACCACAUCCGCACAAGUUAUAGUAGUUUCUACCGCACAAGAUUGAGAUUUACAGACAUAUACAGAAUUUCCACUUAAAAAAUUGUAUACUAAAAAAACUGGAAGACAUUAGUUUGUAGCCAAGCUGUAAAGUUUCUAUACAUAUAUAUAUUUAUAUAUAUACAUAACUAAAAAAAAAUCAAUUAUAUACGAAAAAUGGCAUGCCCAUGUAGCCAAAAUAAGUAAUAUUUACUUAAGACUUUAAUGAUUAAAUU